UGAGCUCUGUAAAACACCAAUGAGUGAAAAAGAUGACCUCCUUAAUGUUAAUGCAUUACAUGACAACUUGUUGAAGAAGCAAUUAUGGCACUGCAAACAGUACAGAGUAAUGAACAUUAAGAAAAUCACACAGAUGACAUCCAUCACACGAGCAUUACACUAUUUGUUUAACCGAUUUAUCAGACCUACUACACCACUUAUCAAUUCUAGACACUCAAAAAAUUCUGACAAGGAAACUAUGAAGUUGCAAAGCAAGAGUUUAGGACCCAUUUUCAAUGGAAAUAUAACUGGAAAAGAAAAUAGCUUGUUCAAAGCUGCAAAAGAAAACAAUGUAAAGGAGUUACUGAGAUUAUUGAAUGGUAAGGAUACCAAUCCACGUGAAAGAGGAGCAGUGGGUGAAAAUGUGUUACAUGUUGCUGCAUUGUACAACAAUAAAGAAGCCCUUGAAGUGUUACUGGAUUUCUAUCCCUUUUUGAUCAAUGAGGCAAUUUUAUGUGACCUAUACAAGGGAGAAACCAUUUUGCACAUUGCAGUGGUGAAUCAGAAUGUGAUGAUGGUGAAAGAACUCCUUUCACGAAAUGCUGACACUAAGAAUGCCCGUGCACGGGGGAGUUUUUUUUCCCCAGGUAAAGGACAGUGUUACUAUGGAGAAUAUGUUUUGUCAUUUGCUGUAUGCAUGGGAAAUGAAAAAAUUGUUAAUCUUUUGAUCAAAAGUGGAGCACCACUAAAUGCGCAAGACACACAAGGGAAUACCGUUCUCCACAUGUUGGUUUUACAUCCUAACAAGACUUUGGCCUGCCGAAUGUAUGACUACCUGAUGUCCUUAAUUACAAUCGAUAAGAUUCGUUAUCUGGAGAGCAUCAUAAACAAUGAUGGAUUUACUCCUAUGAAGCUGGCAGUGCAGAAAGGAGAUGUCACGAUGUUUAAUCAUUUCAUAAAAAGAAGGAAACAAGUAUAUUGGGCAUUUGGACCAGUGACUUCUACUCUGUAUGAUCUCACUGGAAUUGAUACCUGGGAGGAUGAACUUUCUGUUUUAGACAUUAUUUGUACAAGUAAAGAAAAAAAUGUCAGAGAGCUCCUGGAAGUGACCCCCGUUAAAGAGGUUUUGCAUCACAAGUGGACCAACUGGGGUUACAAAUUCUUCUUCCUUUGGACAGUGCUGUACAUCUUGCACAUAGUCAUUUUUACCAUAUGCUGUGUGUAUCGCCCAUUGGAGCCAAUCAGGACCAAAAUGAAUGUAACAAUCAUGAAUCUGAAGCCUCUAAGCAGAUCAUAUGAACUCACUACAGAUUUUUUAAGACUGGCUGGUGAAAUUCUUACAGUCUUGGGAGCUUUCUGUAUUCUCUUUACAGAGAUUCCAAGACUUGUGCAUAUCGGUCCAACAAAAUACUUUGGAAACACAGUCACUGGAGGACCUUUCCAUAUCAUUAUGGUACUAUAUGGCCUGUUAAUUGUGACAGCAAUGAUCCUACGAUUUGCCGGCAGUGAUGGACAAACCACCAUUUUGGCUUUGGCACUUAUUUGUGCAUGGUGUAAUGUGAUUUACUUUGCUCGUGGGUUCGAGUUACUUGGUCCUUUGUGCAUCAUGAUACAAAAGAUGAUCUUUGGAGACCUUAUGAGAUUUUGCUCCAUUCUGAUUCUUGUAAUUAUUGGCUUUGCAGCAGCAUUUGAUGUCCACUUCCAAGCUCUAAACCCUGAUGUCUAUGUGUACUUCAGUGACUUUCCUAUCACCACUUUUACAUUGUUUCAACUGAUGAUGGGUCUGACUGAUCUCCCUGGACCGCCAUCAAUUCCUGUGCCUGACAUUAUCAUUUUUCUAUACAUGAUCUACAUGUUUUUUGCCUUUGUGCUACUUCUGAAUGUCCUCAUUGCUUUGAUGGGUGACACUCAUUAUCGAGUUGUACAUGAACGCCGGUUGCUAUGGAAAGCACAGAUUGCUGCAACCAUACUUUUAUUAGAAAGGAGACUCCCAAAAUGGCUAUUGCCUCGACUAGGCAUUCCUGGAGAUGCAGUAGGAUUAGAAGAAGGAAAAUGGUAUUUCAGGAUUGAAGAAAGAAAUGACAACUUCUACAAAAGAGGUCUAAAGAAAACUGAAAAUAACGUCAGCCACAACAUUCGUAAAAACAGAAACAAUAGUGGAUGGAAUUUAAUUCAUACCACCAUUUCCAGCAGUGUGAAAAGCGUGAAAUCUGGGGAAAAUAUCUGAAACAUCACAAGGAUUCUCUAACUGCAACAAAAUAUAUUUGGGUUAUUCAAGCUGUUUGUAAUUUUGAAGUUGAUCUUUUAAAGUAGCACUUUCUUUUAUGCACUUUGUACAAAGCCAUUAUGAAUGCACUAGUUAUGCCUUUCAUGUAAGCAAACCAAGAUGUACCAGAGCAUCUUUGUACUUGCACAUAUAUAUUUUGUACAUUUUUAUAACUGCAUAUGGUUUGGAAUAGAUAUUUUUAAUACAAAAUAACCUUGGAUAAUAUAAAAUAAGCCAGUUAAAAC